UCUGUUGAGCUCCCUCCUCCCUCCUCCUGCGGGGAAGGGGGCAGCCCGCUUGCCCGGCCAGCUGCACGCCUUGGACGAGAAAGAGGAGGAGGAGGAAGGAGAAGAAGGAGGAGGAGGAGGAGGAGGAAGAAGGGGACACCCGGCCCCAAGCCUUGCUGCUGCCGGCUCCCGGCGGAGUCCGCUCCCCGCCGUGAGAACCGGCCCGGCGGUGGGAACCGACCCCGGCCCCGCAGCUCCAUGGAAACUUGUUAUUAAUGCUGCAGUCAUUAAAAGGCGCAGACCACGGCAGAUUUAUUAGCCCAGUAAACCACAACACGUGCCAGCUCUCUGGAAACAAAAGGGUCCGUCAACUUUACUCCUCUGCUUGGGAUUUGGGAAGGCUGGGAGGAGAGCGGCGAGGAUGGAGCCGGUGGCUUGCGUCGUGGGGAAGUGGCAUCGCCUCCGUUAACCGACGCUCUCCAUCGCGGUUAGCUAACGUAAUUUGGUGGCAGCGAAGGCGUUCGAGCACGGGUGGAACGAGAGCACGGCGAGCCGCGCCGAGCUCACGGCGUUCAUCGCGGCAGCCGGGCGAGGAGCCUCCAGUCUCUCGAGUCGAAAGAUUUCCCCGGGUGUCUGCCAUGAUAAAUCAGCUGCCGUUAGCCUGAAUAACCGCAUUCACUGAAGUUACAGUAGGAAACUUGUCUGGGUGGACACUGUGCCAUUGCUCUGCAGAGAGCAGCCGGUGCUGAUCGCUGGCAUUGCGCUGAAAUAUUGCAUUGAUCGCCGCUCCAAAGCUCGCUUGGCAGCACACGGAGCUUUAUUGCAGCGGUAGAGAGCAGAGCGAAUACCGGGAGAAGAGGCACUGUGGAAAGGCAGGGUUAGACCAACGCCUCGCCGAUCUCUCCGGGAAUAAGGAGCGCGCUGGAUGUGUUAGGUGCUGGAAGGACUCGGAGGGAGCCUGGUAGGAAAAAGCAUCCCGUGCUCCCCCAGCCCUGCAGCGAACAGCACCGUGUGCCACCCCGGCGCGAGACAGAGCUGGAAAAAAAGGUCGACAAUGCAGUUCCUAGCCUGGUUCAAUUUGCUGCUUCUCCUUCCUUGUUUUGGUACCACCAAAACCUGCUUCCCCGGCUGCCACUGCGAAGUGGAAAGCUUUGGUCUCUUUGACAGCUUUAGCUUGACCAAGGUGGACUGCAGUGGAAUAGGCUCACACAUUGUUCCUGUCCCAAUCCCUCUGGAUACCUCCUACUUGGAUCUAUCAUCAAACAAACUGGAAACAAUCAAUGAAUCGAUGCUUACUGGCCCUGGAUACACCACCUUGGUGAGCCUUGACCUGAGCUACAAUAAAAUUGCCAAGAUUUCCUCCACAACCUUCUCCAGGCUUCGGUACCUGGAGUCCUUGGAUCUGAGUCAUAACUCUCUGGAAGUCCUUCCAGAGGACUGUUUCUCCAGUUCUCCUCUGGGCGACAUAGAUUUGAGCAAUAACAAGCUUUUGGAUAUAGCAAUGGACAUUUUUGCUUCAAAAGGUCAAGGAAAACCCCUGAAUGUGGAUCUGUCCAAUAAUAUGCUCAGCACAAUUACGAGGCACCGUGAAAAGAGCAUCCCCAACAUCCAGAACUUAAAUCUUUCUGGAAACAGGCUAAUGUCUGUGCCAAACCUUCAAGGCAUUCCUCUCCGAUACUUAAAUCUUGAUGGGAACCCUCUAGUCAAGAUUGAGAAAGGAGACUUCAUGGGGCUGAAAGAUUUGAUUCAUUUAUCCCUCAGUGGCCUGCGUGGCUUUGGAGAGUUUUCUCCUUAUAGCUUCAAGGAACUACCAGCCCUCCAAGUUUUGGAUUUAUCCAGCAAUCCUGACCUGAAGUCACUGACUGCUGAAGUUAUCUUUGGUCUGAACGCCCUACAAGAGCUCAACCUCUCUGGGACAGGCGUGUCAUCCUUGCCAAAGACCGUGCUGAAAUACCUACCUUCCAUCAAAAGCAUCACCUUGGGGAAGAACAUACAGUGUCUUAAGACCAUCAAAGAAGGACAGUACCACCGACAAAUUGGGCUGACCAAAAAAGAGGUCCUCAGUUGCCACGACAGCCACGGGUCCGUAGCAUCAGCCCCUUACGUUUCGUGAUGAAAGCUGGGGAGAAGGGGUGGGGAAGGGAGGGUGGGGGGCUGUGGGAUUUGUACAGGUGUCGGACUGAGAUGGCUUGCAGUGUGCCUUUUGUAAAAUUGUCGAUAAUUUAUAUAUUUGUAUAUGCCAAUACUUGAUUGUUUGUGGAUUUUAUAAACUCUCAAAUCCUGGUCCACAUCAUCUGCAGGCUCCAGAUUUUGCCCAGAGCGUUGAGGUCCUGUAUGCAGCCUGUUAGCUCAAGAGCAGUGAUUCCGGACAGCGGGGACCAAGCUGCUCUGCAGGUCCCAGGACAGAACAGCCGGUCUGGAGCAAACCUUUGUGCCCCAGACACAUUUGUAGGAGCAAAGCUACGUCUCUCCAGAGCACACACCAAAACAUACCAACUCCGUAGCUGCUUGCUUACAAACCCAUGCAUCAUCCUUUUUUUAAUUAUUACUCCCCAAGAAGUGCCUUCUGGAUCUUGCCUUCAUUAGCAGCACCCUGUUCCCUGUCAUGCACUUUCAGUCUUGAAGAAACAUUUCCAGACAAACCUGAAUACAGGGUGCUCCUAAUGUGCUGCUUUUUACAUGUUAUUUGCAUAGGUGUGCAAUGAACAUUAAGUCGAGAACUUUUCCCACAAUUUUCUCCCUGUUUUCCCAUCUCGAUCCUUUUCAUGUCAAAUUACUUCAGGUCCAACCUUGGCAACCUCCUGUCUUUCUAACCUUAGAGAGCCAUUGCUCAGAGAUGAUGUGCAGCAGAGCAAGGGAAGCAGAGGGGUCUGCCAACAGCCGCAUCUCACCCAGGAACCAGCCUCCGCUGAAGCAAAUUAACUGAAGAGAUCAUGUAGCCUAGCUUAAAAAAAAAAAAAAAGAAUAAAAAUCCCUCCUCUCUUUCUGGGGAAGCUUGGAAGAAAACCUUGACAGGGAUUCUCAUUUUGAUGACCUUAUCAAACCAAGAUGCAGACCCAGAGGACGUGAGAGUAAGCUGCUUCCACGCUGACGUCCGCCAUCUGAGCACAACAUCUGCGACUCAGCUGGGCUCGUGUGAGGCAAUUUCCAGCGCCAAAAAACUCUCCAGAACAUGCCAGGGGAAGAAUUAACACUGACGCCUGGGACCCUGGAGUGCUUUGCCUAUCGGGGAAAAAUCUUGGGGGGUUUUUUGCAGAGUUGUGGCUUUUCUUUCUCUCACACAGCUCCUUAGCUGCCAACUGAAAUCUGAUAAAAAGCCUCAGAGAUUUACUCCUUUUUUACUCCAUUGCUGAAAUGCUGGCAAAGUAAAGGGGAACCCCUCUCGUCCCUCUUCUCCAGGCUAGGAGAAAGUGGGGGAAGGCAGCACAGCAUGACUCAAUGCCAUGUGGGAAGCCUUCAGCUUGCUUAUAGGAGCUCCUGCAAUGGAGGUGUCUGGUCCACAUCCAGCAUGCUCCGUCCUGGGGAUGGGGAGGGAUGUUGUGGAUGGGGGUCCUGCUCGGGUUGGUCUCUAAACCCAGCCUUGCAUCAGGGCAGCCUUCAAUGUUUGAAGCUGGUUUAGGGAGGUCCAUGCAAAGGUGAUACAGAUAUCAAUCCAUCCCACAACCCUCCUUGGGAGCGUUGGGAGGAGCUCAGGCUUCAUCCUCACACGCCCAAAGGUCUUUGCGAAUGGAAACCCUGUUGCCCAAAGCAGCUGUCUCCAGGGAUGGUUGAAAUCUACUGAGCCCAUAAAAGGCAGAGUCAACACCUCACUUUGGAUACUGAAACCCCUCUCUCACAUUUUCAUCCGUCUCCUUUUCAAUCGUGGAUCUUAGGGUGGGAUUUUAACCCUUUCUUUCAGUGCUGGGGGUUUUCCCUCUCUACUGAACCUUUGCAAUGCUCGACCAGCCUUCACAGUCACAGGAAACAUUGAUUUUCUUAAAAAGGCAAUGGGACUGCCUGCAGGCAGGGAUCUGGAGGGGAACAGUAACCAACUGCAGUGCAAGAUGGGGGCAGUUUGGGAGGGAGGAGGUGUUUUUUAGUAGAUCUUGCCUUUUUAAGAGAAUUCUUUUCUGCUGGCAGAAAAUGUAAUUUUUUAAAAAGUUGUUUAAUUUUAUAAGUCUGUACGUAGAUGAAAUGUUUCGGGAAUCACGUACUGUCAAAGUUACUGUCUUUGCACCACUGUGGUAAGUUUAAAACCAAUGUGACAAUCCAAUUGAAGACUGCAAGAUUUCCUUGUGUAAUCUCACACUAGCUGCUAGCUAAACAAGUCUUAGCAAAAGCUGGCAAAUACCGUCGCUGUGUUAGUUUGUUUUUUUAAAGAACCUCUGCAGCAUUGUAAGGCUUUGUGAUUACUCACAAUAUAAUAAAGUGAUUUGGAGGAGAAUAAACCCAGA